CGGGAGCGUGCAGAUGUGAUGAACUUGUUCAAAUGAAAGUGGAAGAUAUAGAAGAUUUAGGAAAUUUUAUUUUGAUUAUGGUACAUCUGAUUUUAUUAUUGUGGGAGCUGGAGCAUCUGGAUGUGUCUUAGCACACAGGCUCAGUGAAAUACCAGAAUGGUCAGUGCAUUUGAUAGAAGCCGGAAAUAAAGGAAACAAUGUGACUGAUAUUCCAGGCAUGCUGAUUUAUUCGUUUCUUUCGCCAUACAACUGGGGAUAUUUAUCUACUCCACAAUCCACCUGCUGCCAAGGAAUGUCCAACCAGCAAUGUCCUUUUCCCAGAGGAAGAGGUUUAGGAGGUUCUAGUUUAAUUAAUGGUAUGUUUUAUGUACGAGGAAAUUCAGACGAUUACGAUCAAUGGAGAAAACUGGGUUGCCGUGGAUGGUCCUAUCAAGAUGUUCUACCAUAUUUCAAAAAGUCAGAACACGCCGAUUUUCCGGACGCCGAUCCACAUUACCACGGUUUUACUGGUCCUCUUCAUGUUAAUUACACAGCUCCCCCUUCUCUUAUUGAGAACACUUUUAUUGAAGCAGCCACUUACAAUAUGGGAUUAGACACUGUGGAUUAUAAUGCUGCAAAACAAAUUGGGGUUUCUCCAAUACAAUAUGGCAUUAAUUUUAAUAAACGACAAGAUACCGGUUCCCUAUUUAUUAAACCCAUCGAGAAUAAAAAAAAUUUGCAAAUUUCACUCAAUUCAUUUGUAAUAAAAAUCAUAAUUUCGGACAAUAAGGCGGUGGGCGUCGAAUUUAUAAAAGAUGGCAUACGUUAUCAAGCUUUUGCUCGAAAAGAGGUAAUUAUUUGCGCCGGUGCUGUUAACUCAGCCCAACUUCUGAUGUUAUCAGGAAUAGGUCCUAGAAACGAUUUAGAAAAACUGGGAAUACCAGUUAAAAACGAUUUACCGGUUGGUGAAUCAUUUAUUGAUCACCCAGUCUUCUUGGGUCUGAUAUGUUCUACGAAAAGAAGAGCAGAAGCUUCUGCUCUGCUCGAAGCUUUGCAAGCAUACCUACGAGGAGAGGCUCCUUUGACAAGAAGUUUCGGUGGAGAAUCUCUGGGAUUUGUUAACGUUGAUGAUCCAAAUAGUACCGUCCCAAAUAUAGAAUUCGCUACUUUUCCCCAACCUCGAGGAGGCGAUCUAAAGCGAAUACUUAAUUUAAAUGAUCAGACCACGGAAGAUUUCUUAAGACUAGAUCCUGAGGUAUUCGCUCACGUAUGGGUAACUUUACUUUAUCCUAAAUCCAGAGGAAAGGUAUAUUUAAAAUCCAACAGUCCCCUUGAUUUUCCACAAAUAGAUUUGAAUCUUUUAUCGGACAAAUACAAUCAUGAUAUAAAAACAUUGUUAAAAGGUUUGAAGUACGUCAUAGAGUUUUUUACUGGAAAAGCUUUUGGAAACAUUGACUCUUACAUAUCAUUUCAAUUAAAGGUGUGUGAACCUUAUGGACUGUUUUCGGAUAAAUACUGGAUUUGUGCGUUGAGACAACUUACUACAAGUUUCUUUCAUCCAGUUGGUACUACCAAAAUAGGGAGAUGCCAAAAGACGUCUGUAGUUGAUUGUAAUUUAAUGGUACAUAGAAUGAAAAAUUUAAGAAUUGCAGGAGAGGGGAUUUUUCCAAGAAUUGUAGGGGGUCACACUUAUGCACCAUGUCUUAUGAUUGGAGAAAAACUUGCUGACAUUAUAAAAGAAUUCAAUGGGAAAUUAUAG